CAUGCCGAUCAUUUGGACGUUGCAGCUUGCCUAUAAUUCUCCAAUUCUCUCAAUGCUGUGAAUCACGACUAUAGCCGUUCAAAGCUCACGACCGUGGUUCGUUUAUUACUCUGCAGGGCCUAUUAACCCAACCAUUUCUGUCCGUUGUAAGGGCGGCCAGCUCCCGCCAUGUGGCGCGAUCGAACCAACCUAUAUAUCUCCUAUCGGCAAUCAUACGCCCAUCAUCCUUCUAAAAAGCCUCGCUUUGCAGGACCUUCGACAAAUGGGUUCACCGAGAAUGCGUCCAAUGAAGAAAGACGCGGGCUCAUGUCCGCUGAUGCGCUCGAAGAUGACGGAGAUGCCGUGAUAGAGAUGGAUUUGCUCCCGCCUCGAUGGGUGGAUAUUCAGGACGAAGUGACAGACUUACUCGCGGAAAUUGCCAAAAAGUCAUCAAAAUUAGACAAGCUGCACCAGAAGCAUGUCCUCCCAGGCUUCGACGACGAGGACGUGAAGAAGCGAGAAGAGGCCGAGAUUGAAGACUUGACGCAACAAAUCACAAGAGGAUUUUAUGCUUGUCAAAGGUCCAUUAAGAAGAUUGAAAGCAUGUCGACCGAGGCUGGUCAACAAGGAGAAAUAAGCAAGGGCGAAGCGACCAUGGCCAAAAAUAUUCAAAUCUCGCUGGCAGCGAGGGUUCAGGAAGCAAGUGGAGUAUUUCGCAAGAAGCAGAGUAAUUAUCUCAAAAAGCUUCGUAAUCUGGAAGGCAUGGCCUCUCCAUUUGACCGUUCCUCGACGCCAAGCCAGAAUCCUUAUACUGAAGCGUCACUGAUGGAAACCGAUGCGGACAAGUCUUUCUCCCAAUCUACGCUCCAACAGACCGCCCAGCAGCGCCUCCAUAGCAACGACGCAGCCAUCGCUCAUCGGGAACGUGAAAUUACAGAUAUCGCCAAGGGCAUCAUUGAGCUUGCCGAUAUCUUCAAAGAUCUUCAAUCAAUGGUUAUCGAUCAAGGCACUAUGCUUGAUCGUAUUGAUUAUAAUGUUGAGCAAUUGGCGGUCAAUGUGAAAGCCGCCGAUAAAGAGCUCACUGUGGCGACUGGAUAUCAAAGGCGCAGUAUCAAACGAAAAGUCAUGCUGCUGUUGGUCAUAAUCAUAAUCGGUCUUUUUAUUCUUUUAAUGGUGAAGCCAAAAAGACAUGGCUCCACAGCUCCGCCAGUACCACCUGCAUCCCCGCCCGAGGCACCACCGGCCGCUGACGCCGGUGCUGUAGGGCCUCGUUCAUAUGCUAGAGGCCGGCCAAAAAUCAUCAGCAGUUCAUCCACGAUCAAUGAGCCGGCUUUCCCGAAGCGAGACUGGAGGCAUCGGCGGUCGCGCAGAAAAGCCUUCAUCGUUUCAGCGGCCAUUCCUGGCUGACAAGUCCCUCAGCAUCAUCUUCUCGUCGAUCGUAUGUUACCAUGGCAAUGAUAUCUAAUUAGCAUAUUUGGGCAGUUUGGCGUACGAGGUAAAUAACCUUUCCAUGUGCUAUUGAUCCUGUUUGAUUAGCAUUUAUUUGCAUGCAAGAGCACUUGCGGAACAGUCAUCUGAAUAAUACAAUUACUUCGC